AUGUUCUGCCUCCGCAGCUGGAUCCCCGUCCUGUUCUUCUUAUUACGAACGCACGCCUCCCCCGUCUACCUCGUCCUCUUCAUCUCAGCAACCUACUUCCUCAACCGACCCUGCGUGUACUGCUCGCUCCUCCUCUUCAUCCUCGUCGUCGCCCUCUUCGACUUCCACACCCCGUGGUUCGAUGCGCCGCUGUCCGAUAGCGCGGAGCUGGCGCUGAACGGCACUGUUGCGGAGACGGCGGGUGUGCUGGCGCAGGCGGCGAAUCAUACGGCCAAGGCGGUGGUGAGGGGGGCGGUGGAGGGGGUUAGGGGGAGGGUUGGAUUGGGCCAGAGUGAAGGGCAGGGUUAUGAGUGGGUUAAGGGGUUGUUGGGGAAGAAGGAGUGGAGGAUACAAUGUUUGGAUGUUUUGAUCAGGGUUUGA